GGGGAAUUCACAAAAGUGUCGGUAAAAAAAGUAACCCAGAAGUGGCGGUCGACAAAUUUGUAAAAUGUCGUAUGUACGUCAAAUUCACAAAGGGAGAUGUCACUGUCUUUGAAUCUCUCGUAAGUCCGGCAUUUUUAUAAAAUGUCGUAUAUAUUUUGUCGGUGGAACGACGGUUUAGUUAAAUUGUCGUAGUUACGUCAAAUUCAAGAAAAAAGGCGCAAUCACUGUACAACUGAUUAAAAUAAUGUCGUUAGAACGAAUAAAUAUGUCGUGUACCCGAAAGAACAUUUCCUAGCACGACAACUGCAGAAUAGCUUCACGUCACGUUGUAGAUGAGUUCUGUCACUCAGAGGAAGCUGCUUAAUCCUGAGGAGAUUUCGUUUUUCCGAAGAUAUUGUUCCUGAGGUUAUUCUAUAUAUAUUUAAAAUUUUCUAUUUAGAUUUCCUGGUUUUGACCUUGGCUUGUUUCUGGACACUGUUGCCUGCUGCCUGACCCGACCUUUGGCCUGUUUACUGGACUCUGUUUUUGCCUGCAGAUUCUUUUCAUCACAGAUUAUGGAAAUUAUAUUUCCCUCACUGUUUUUCUUCCAUUUAAGAAAGAAAAGAAUGGAAAAAGUCGAUAAGCCUUUUAAUAAUGGAAAGCAAGUUAAAAGGCGCAAAUGCCAGAAGAUAAAAAUGUUUCGUGACCGAGUGACGCUGGUGGACCUAACGGACACUGAGAUUAAGGAUCGAUACAGGCUAAACACUGUGGAGAUUCUAUCGCUGUAUGAUGUGCUGAAAGUGAAUUUGUGCAAGCCAACUAAAAGAUCUCACGCCAUCCCUGGCCUUGUACGUUUGCUGUUGGCAUUAAAUUUUUUUGCAAAAGGUGACUUUCAAAGUUGCAUAGCAGUGAUUGGCGGUGUGUCUCAAAGCUCUUGCAGCCGCUCAUUGGAUGAAGUUUUGAAAGCAAUUAUGUUAGUUUAUAAAUCGUAUGUCUACUUUCCUUCUGACAGCAGUUAUUUGAAUACAGUUAAAGGAAAAUUUUAUGAGAUUGGCGGAUUUCCUAACAUUGUGGGAAUUAUAGAUUGUACACACAUUACACUAUGCCCACCUGCUGACCUGGAGCACAUUUACAGAAAUCGGAAGAGCUCCCACAGCAUUAAUGUCCAGCUUGUGUGUUCCUUUAAUCUAAAAUUUGUGGAUAUAGUUGCUAAAUUCCCAGGCUCUUCUCACGAUUCGUAUAUCUUGUCAAAUUCAUCUUUGUCUGAACGUUUUCAACAGGGCGAAUUCAAAGAUUCGUGGCUAUUAGGAGAUUGUGGAUAUCCGUUAAAAACUUGGCUGAUGACGCCAGUGUGGCGGCCUAAGAAUGCAAAAGAAAAAAACUACAACCGAGUCCAUGCUACAACAAGAUGUAUAAUUGAAAGAGCAUUUGGAAUCUUAAAGAGCAAAUUCCGUUGUUUGGACAUCACUGGGGGGUCACUACUGUACUCGCCUGAAAAGGUGUGCUACAUUGUUGUAGCGUGUGUUGUUUUACAUAAUAUCAUUAUACAAAGGGUCCAAAAUGAUGUAUGUGAAAUCCAACCAGCAUGUGAAGAAAACACUGACCUUCAAAUGCAUGUUGACCAGAAUGAAGCAAUUAUCACAAGGAACGAUUUGAUUCAACGAUUUUUUUGAUUGAUUCACUUGACUUUGGGAGGUUACAUU